AACGACUACAAAGCUGUGAAAAAAGUAUAUGACUUAACGAGAAAUUCGUCAGCAUUAAGAGGCAAUGACCAUGAUUCGGCAGGAGGUUCUCCGGAUUCGGAGCUGUUUGAGAGUGUUCUUAGAAGAAAUCCCCACAACCACACGUCUGCUCUCUCGGCUGCAUUAUGUCUGCACGACUCAUGUCUUCCAGAUACUUCUCGUAGAAGCAUUAAAGCAUACGCACUGGGAUAUGCAGCAAUGACGGCUAUUGGAUUAGUCUACGGAAUUACCCAAGCUGUUGGAGCAAAGACUAUCACGACCCUAUUCCGUGCAGUCGAGCAAACAACUUAUGCAAACUUACAAGCACGAACGGAUACAGAUCUCGAUACAAGCGUGUCGGGCCAGUUUGUUAGCGUCAGAGAUGACGAGCGCGCGACGAGGUCAAUCUUGCGUAGUUUUGUUCAGCAGUACAUCCCUAUUCGAUUAAUACCGCCAUUCCUGUCGGCCCUCAUUGCCUCUCAAACAUUCCGACUAGUCAAAAACCAGAAUACUCGGAACAUAAUAGUAGUGUUUCUGUUUGUUAAGGUGUUGGAGUUUGGGUUUAAGCUAUUGCAGGGCAUAAAGGUGAUCCCACAGUUGCCGAAAUGGAUGGGGGCGUGGCUACUGUUUCCGCUAAGUUCAGCACAGUUGAUAUAUGCUUAUUUAUACCAUCCCGAUACGUUUCAGGCAGCAUAUUCCCGUUUCAUAACUUCCCGCUCGAGCACGUACCUACCACCUCUUCCACCGGAUCACAUUUCGCCUUACCCAUGGCCAUCGCGAACCGAAAUCCUCUCCUCUCUUGCGACAUUGACCACGUUGAACUACCCCAUUUUCCGUUCUCCUAAAAUCAAUCGCGAUGGUCCUGCCUUACCCUCCAUAUUGCGUACGAUUCAGCCAGUAUUAGAGUCAGCUCAUCCGGCGCACAGUCGAAUGGUGUGUGCCUUGAUGCAUCCUGAUGAACCAAGUUGUUGGGUUACUUUAUGGAAAUUUGUAAACAAAGAGUUUACAAGUGCCUUAAAGUAUUCUCUUGUUUUAUUUUUGUUACCGUAUGUGUUGAAAAUCAACAAGAUUCGAAAAAGCCCAUGUCGGUUUUUCUACAAAUUUAUAUUCAAUACGCUUCCAUCAGCCACUCAGACUGCCACAUUUAUAUCGAAUUCAAUUGGAACAUCAUGGGCAAGCAUUUGCUUGUUUCAAUCGAUACUUCCUAAUAAAUUCAUGCCAACGACGAGGAUCUGUCUUGGCGGCUUUCUUGGUGGGCUGUGGGUGCUGGUGGAGCCCAAAGAGCGUCAGCUUGCUAUUGGAAUGUAUAGUCUCAGAUUAUCACUCGAGUCGUUUUGGAAAGUGUUGGUAAAGACCGGAAAAGUGAAGAACGUCAGAGACGGUGAUGUUCUCUUGUUCGCCUUCUCGACAGCAUGCCUAAUGUCAAUCUAUGAACUACAACCAAAGUAUAUGUCUGCUUGGAUGAGGAAACAGAUCGAGACUCUAGUUAAAGAGAGAGAAAAUCAAUUGGCGUUAGGUGAUGAUGAAGUAGAAGAUGAAGAAUGA